AUGAGCAGCUUAACCACCGCUAGCACCCAGGCGGUCAUCGCCCCUCUCACCCGAUCAGCGACUUUCCUCGCGCUAUCCGUCACAAACCCCUCAGCCAUCCCAACCCUCCGCUCAACCCUAGCCAGCGUUUCCAGCCUAGCCAAAAAUGUCGCUUUCCGAGACUCCGAUGCCAGCUUCACCUGCACUGUAGGCAUCGGCAGCUCUAUCUGGGAUGAACUCACCAACCUGCCGCGACCGAAAGAACUCCACCCAUUCCGCGAAGUCAAGGGCGCCAAACACACCGCCGUCUCCACCCCGGGAGACCUCCUCUUCCACAUCCGCUCCGAGCGCCGCGAUCUCUGCUUCGAGUUUGAGCGCCAGCUCAUGGACCGCCUCGGCGACUCCGUGCAGCUCGUCGAUGCAACGAUUGGCUUCCGCUACUUUGACGCCCGCGAUCUCCUCGGCUUUGUCGACGGCACCGCGAACCCCGUGGGCCCGGAUCUUCCAUCCUCUGUCCUCGUCGCCAGCGAGGACGACCCAGAUGCGCAGGGGGGCAGCUACGUCGUCGUACAGAAAUAUGUCCACGACCUGGCCGGCUGGAAAUCCCUAUCGACCGAACAGCAAGAGCAGGUGAUUGGGCGGACAAAGCCAGAUAACAUUGAGCUCGAUGACGCCGAGGAGGGGAAGCAAGCCUCGCACAAGACGCUAAGCACGAUUGAGGACGAAGAUGGCCAAGAGCACGAUAUCCUCCGCGACAAUAUGCCCUUUGGAUCGCCGGCGAGUGGGGAGUUUGGUACUUACUUCAUUGGGUACACCAGCCGGCUAUGGGUUAUUGAGAAGAUGCUCGAGCGGAUGUUCGUGGGGAAUCCUCCCGGGUUGCAUGAUCGGUUGUUGGAUUUUUCGAGGCCAAUGACCGGUAAUGUUUUCUUUGCGCCGUCUGCUACGGUAUUGGAUGGACUUGAUGGUUGA